CGAUCGGUCGCACGCUCGCGAGGUACGUGCGUGGUGCAGGGAAUCGUAAGACGUAGGCGCACACGUGGUGAGAGGGAAAAGGAGAGAAGAUCCCUCCGGACCCGUUCCACGCUUUCUCUCUCUCUCUCUCUUUCUCUCUCUCUUUCUUUUUCCUUUCGCGAUCGAUGUUAUCUCGCGACGAGGAUCCUUCUUGCGCGCGAGAAAGUGGCCGGCUCCUUGAGAUCACGAUCGAACCCGCGGAAAAGCGCGAGUGCGGUUUUCUCGGCGAUAUCGAUUGGUCACGCAGCUUCAAUUCGGUGAUUAUUAUGCCCGUUGAUCUGUGAGAUUCCAAACGCAAAGAAGAGACAACGGAAAAAGGCGGAAGAGACUGCACGGAAGAGUCUUCACGGGCGUAGGAUUGAAGAAAGGGGGGUAUAGAGGGUCAUCAGAGAAAGAUGGGGCGAUUACUCAUAUGGAUGCACUUCUUGCUGUUAACCUUGCUAUUAGUAUCGGUGCAGAAAGCUGCAGCAUGCAGUUGUGCGCAGGCUCAUCCUCAAACCAAGUUUUGUGAAUCAGAUUUUGUCGUCGUGGUGAGGGUGAAAAAGGUUCUCCCCGUGAAUGACUACGAGAUCGCUUACAAGGUCAAGAUAAACAGGGUAUUCAAGUCGAACCCAAAGGCCGACAUGGCACUGAUGCAGAACCUUUUACGGACACCGUCCACGGACUCGAUGUGCGGAGUGACACUGAACGUCGGCGACACAUACGUUCUAAACGGAAGAAUCGUCUCGGGAAGAGCACUAAUAUCGACUUGCGGGCUCUCGAUAAGAUGGGCCGACACGACUACUAGGCAACGCAAGGGAUUGAGACAGCUCUAUCAACAGGGCUGCGUGUGUGAUAUUCUGUAUACACACUGGAGGCGCAAGGGUGCCGUGCUAGAGUCCAGCGGUGGAAAGAAUUGCCUGUGGGAAAGCACACCAGGCCCCCAGGAUUGCCAAGAAAAAUACGGCGUAUGCAUGGCGUCACACAGCGGCUGCUCCUGGAUUCCCUCAGUUCCGUACAAAAAUUGUAUCAAGGAGUAUCAGCGUAAACGCGAGCAGCAAAGAUCGCGGGAACCUUAAUUGACACUUUCGUCUCGUGUUCCGUUCGUGUCUUCGUGCAAUGGGAAGCGGUCGAACUUAUCGUUUGUAAAAUGAUGCGACGCGACGUGUCUGCCAGACAAUUUGAUGACGGACGCGCCGCGUCAAAUAAGAGACGAUACAGCGAUGUGGUAUAGAGGUAGUUUGUGUAGCACGUAUAAAUGCAAGAGACCUGAACCUCUGCUAUAUAUUACAUAGAAUAAUUAGGUAACACGAUAGUUCAUUAAUGAGUUACCGCGUAGAUGCGCGAGACAGAAGAAUCCUCGUUCUUUAAUAAUAAAUAGUUUCAUUAAUUGUUGAAAGCAAUAACACUCUGCUUUGUAAAUUGCCUUAAUUUUUUUAGAGAGCCGUGUCUUCGAAUGAAAUCGGAUUUAUCUCAAAAUGGCAAUGCGUUAAGCCUUUGAAAAUAAAAUAAUAAAUAGGAGAGCUUUAGCACUCUACUUGUGAGGGAUGCAACUUUAUGUAUCUUUAUCGUUAACGAUGACGUUACUUUUCGAGCUAAUUUUGAUAUAGAUUUUGAUGCCAGGCAGAAACGAUUAUAUAUUGAGGAAUUGAUGUUAUGCAAUUUUAAGAAUCGCCUAUUGUUUGUUAAAUUAUUCAUGACUUAGAUUCGAUAAUAACAGCAUUGGCUAAUUUUAUCCUGUAGUUGGCAGUUUAACUUGUUUAACACAUUGUAGCUUGUAGCUAUAUCACAAACAGAAGAAGUAUUAGUUAAUUAUUAGUAGGUCUGACCGACGUUGUGGUGCAAUCAACCCUUAAUUAUUCGAUAAUUAUUAACGAGGAGUAAGUUUGCAUCGCUUAGAUAUUUUGAAACGCGUGGAUAUAUUAUCUAUAUGGACUUCAUCGCUGAAAUAUAUAUGAGCGACCUAUUUUCACGAUUAUUCUCUCGCUCUUAACAAGUUGUAUAUAUAUAUUAUGUAUUGUUAAUGUAUAUUAUGUAUUAUUAAAUUA